UUUCACCAACUCGACACGAGGAACUGAUCACACGUGUGUCCAGUUGGUGAAACUUUAAAUUAGCACUAAUUAUUCUUUCGUCAUUUGGACACGCCAAGGUUUUUAUGUAUGUCCACAUAGUGAAAAUCAAAUUAAGUUACUUUUGUGUUUUCGUCAACUGGACACACGUUCACAUUUUACCCGAAUGUAUAACAAAGUACAGUCACGCAGAUAAUAUUUUUGAAUCACAAUCAUCGUUGUCCUCUAAACGUCCCACCUAGUAAUUUCACCGGGUAAUUUUGUAAUUAUUCACCAUUUGUGAAUUUGUAAAAAAUAUAUUUUUGACACCGAAAGUGUUUGAAAGUCGCUAUUACCAUGUUACGAGUACUAUGCUUGUCAAAUCUUCAACAUGGAACCUGUUUUAUUACAGUCUUUUGUAUUCCCGGCGGCCGGUGACUUAAAAUGACGUAGUCUGCUCUAAUUGGUUGAAGCAGGUAAUAAAUCCCAACCCGGUAACCCUUUGGUCAUAAUUCGUUAUCAGUUUACUUCGUUUGGUGUGUGCAUUAAGUGCAGUGUUUGUGCCAUUUUAAAGUGACGUGGAUUUUAAUACAUAGACAAAUAUGUCUAUAGAAGAAGUCGCGGGUCCAUCAUUGACUAACAGAAAUACAUUUUCAUUCAUCACUUCUCAAAGAAAUCGUCCAAUUCUAUUAAAAGAUGGAUACAAAUAUCUACACCUAAGGACAAAUAAAGAUAAAUCUUCAAUGUGGCGUUGUUCGAAAAAGUCAACUUGUCAAGCUAUGAUCAAAUUAAAUUUUAACAACACCACUAUAUUAAAAGCAACUGAUCAUAAUCAUGAGGGUGAUUUGACGAAUAACGAGAUUCUAAUGAAUUUAAAUGAUUGCGAGGAUCAAGUAAAGCAUAAUCUAGCUGCUUCUGUCCCAAGUCUAUACUUUGACACGAUUGAGCGAAUGGAAGAGAGAGGACUCCAUUUAGUUGCAAAUAUCCCACGUUUUCAAAGUGUGAAAAAUAAACUAUAUAGAAAAAGGAACAAAUCAUUGGGCGUUCAACGUAUGUCAUUCAAUAAUAUAGCCGAAAUAGUUGUACCUGAGCAGUUUCAAGACAUCUUGCUAGCGGAUCGCAUCGGAGAUCAACGUAUUCUCGUUUUUGCGCACCAUAACAUGAGAGAGAUUGUUGCAAAUUCAAAUAAAUUCUUCUGUGAUGGAACGUUUAAAACAUGCGUUAAAAAGUUCCAUCAGCUAUUCACGAUUCAUGUCGAUAUUGGAAGUACGGAAUAUCAUACGAACAUUAUUCCCACUAUCUAUGCUUUGCUGCCCGACAGAACAGUUGAUACUUACAAAACAUUAUUUUGUUUAAUUAAAAGCCAAAUACCGGAGUGGAACCCAGAAACCAUCACAUGUGAUUUUGAAAAGCCUCUUAUUCAAGCUUUGCAACAUGAAUUUCCGAAUAUAAAAAUUGUGGGAUGCUAUACUCAUUUCAAGAGAUGUUUGUGGCGAAAAGCAAAAAUGUUGCGUUUAACAAAGUCUAAAUUGGGAAAAGAUCAUGUGAAGAGGUGUUGUUCAUUGCCACUUCUACCGAUUGACGCACAACCAGAUGCCUGGUUAUAUAUCAUGGCGGAAUGCUUGAACACUGAAGAUGCAACAACAUUUAACGACUAUUUUAUCAAAACUUGGCUGGAUGAUAAUUCUGAUUAUGCAAACACAUACAAUUGUUAUAAAGAACAUCAUCGCACUAAUAAUUCUGUAGAGGCAUGGAAUGCCAGAAUAGCCAAAAAAUUAAAAAAGAAACCAAAUAUAUUACAGUUCCUGGUCGCGAUCAAAAGAGACAUGAAUGAGUUUUGGCGCCGGGUAGUGAUGGAUGGACCUAUAUCAAGAAAAAAAAUUGAAACUAUCAGAAUGAACACAAUGAUUGCAGACACUGUAAGAGAGUUUGAAUCAAGAGAAAUUAGCAUCGGUCACUGUAUCGAAAAAUUGAAGUAAAUUGAAAUAUCUUUAUAUAUUUUUGUAAUAGUAAUAUUCUAUGUUUUAUUGUUGAUUGUAUUGAUCUCUAUAUUAUUUUAGUCUAGUCUUAGUAAAAUGAUUGUGAUACUAUUUGUUUAAUUAUUAUUAUUACAGUAAGACUCUAAUUUCUAAAUGCCAUAUUAUUGUUGCAGACUUGUGGGGAAUGAUUAUUGUAUAUAAAAUUAUUCAUUUUGGUAUUGUUAUCUCAUGCUCUAUUGAUGACUAUUUUGAUAUUUUAUUUUAUACCACAUAUACCUAGUAUACCUACUUAAGGUUAAAUGUUUCAAUUCCGCUCUCAUAAAUAUAAACUUGACAGCAACUUCGUAUAGGAGUGGAGUGUAUCGUUCAAUAUUAAAAACAUCAUUGAGUUUAACCUUGAGCAAUAGGAAAAAUAUUUUUUCACUUAAAUUAUGUAUGUGCUUAUUAUUUGAUAUUUCUGUGACAUUUGAUGUGAUGAUUUUAAAUUAUUAGGUAUAUUUAGAAUGUGUAGAUAUAGGUAAGUUUGUUUUUUAUUAGUAAAUCCUCUCCUUUAUAUCAAUAAAUCCUCUAAUAUAAAUAUUUGAUUGUUACUCAUUUGUUUUAUUUCAAAAUUUGUCUUAAAAACGAAACAAUUUUUAA